CGGGAAGAAAUACGUGUACUACCGAUGUCUGUUUUAUGUCCCGAUAUAUAUACGGUGAACAAAAAAAAUUCUUCGCAGAAUAAGGCAUUUGGACGGGUAAAGUGAAAUUGGGAUAUAAAAAUAGGGUUCUGCACAGAAAAGAAGGUUUAAAUUCUGCCUUUUCCUCCUACAUGCUUAACGUUUCUAUUCCUUGCUCUAUGGUUUACACAGCAAAAUAAGUUGCAACGCUAUGUGUGGACAUGAAACUGUUUAGAAUGUUCUAAAAAUGGCGGAGCCCAGUAGCUUUCACGAGGUGACACUUUUGCGCAGUGAAAGUCCUCGUUGUAAGGAGCUCACAAUCAGCACAGGUGCUUCACAAGGUGUGUUACAAGAUGUGAACCUUCCAGACUGUGCUGGAGGCUAUGCAUACCGAGAGAGUGGUCGAGUUACAUCAGUCAACCGUAACCGAUUCAUUUACUGGCGGACAUCCCGUGAUGUCUUGGAACUUGCUGAGGUGUCACUGGAUCACAACCUGACAGGGAACACAGUUAGUCUCCAUCUCCAGGAUGCACCAAUCCUGCCGCGCAUCACACUGCAUGAGACUAACUCUCACAUGAUCAUCCUCGUAGCAACUAUAAACAGUGUUCACCGACUGGUGUUGCCCCACCCAAAUCGCCUUCCCAGACAUGAUGUCUACUCCCGCAAUUCAUCGCUGCCAUCCAUCUUUGCAGAUGUCUCCAUUGCUAGCAUCCGUGAUGCUGCCAACUUCCAUGUGAUUGGUCAGGGAGGUUCUGCAGCUUAUGAGUUUCAGACCAGUUCAUCCUGGUUGACCAAUGAUGGGGAAGUAAUGUUUGCCCUGGCUACCAAUACAGGGAGUGUGGUGCUGGUGAAACUGCCUCCCAUUGGGAUACAAGGUAUUGUCACCCAGCAUGAGUUAAAACAAGCCACUGUGAUGCAGCGACUGUGGACUGGUCUGGUACCUGCUGCAAUGAGGAGAGGGCAAGAGUCUUUGGAUUCCACCACCAGCUUGACCCUUCACCCUUUGAAUCAUGACCUUUUUGCAUUUUGUGCAUGCAAGGACCAUAAAGUGAGAAUGUGGUCAUGUAAGAGUCAAUCAUGUGUAUUGACCGUUGAUCUUGUGGACUACAUUCCAACCUCUUCUGGUCUUACUGACCAAUCAGUCACCAGGCAUGAAAUCCGGACUGCCCUUGGUAGUGACCAAAGAACACUGGUCCUUGGAUUCUAUUUGAGCUUUACUACACAAAGCCAGUUUCUGAUACUACAGCCAGUUCUUCGGGAUGGACAGUAUAAACUCAUUCAGGUGGCACUCCUCAACGAUGACCAACAGAACACCCUGGUAGAUUUUGGCCUGACCCUGAGCACCCUCUGGGCAGUGUGGAAUAGUCCAUCUGGAGAGACAGUGGUUAAGUUCACAACAUAUGAGGGAAUAUCAGUUGGUGAGCGUUCAUGGAACUCUGUCUUCAUGGAACCAUUUCACACUCCGGAUAUUAUUGUUCCUCCAUUCCUGGAACCAAGGGAGGCUUACCUUGAUAACAUUUUCCACCCUGGCAAAUUCUCUCUGCAGUCAGUGUCACGAGCUCUAAAUAUUUACAGUCGAUCCAGUGGUGGUGCCUAUACCCCUCUAACUGACCCCACCCUCCUGACACCAGAGCUUCUACAUGAAGAGGUGACCACUGUCAUGGAGGUGGAGUUACAGCAGAAGGUGGGCGGCAGUGAGAUGUCACAGGAAGAGUACCGAGAGGUGGUUGAACAGAGCUGGUCCCGCUUCUACACCUGCUGUGUGCAGUACCAUGAGGUUGCCAGCAAGCCACAUGGUAUCAUGUUGGACCCCAAUACAGGGAUGGUAUGCCUCCUGAAAAAGAAUCUUCUGUCUUUGCUGAGGCCAUGUGAUGCUGUAGAACAUCUGUAUCUAGCGCCCCCUAGAGGUGUCAGUACACAAGAUUUUGAAGCUGUUCCAUUUGUCAUAACAGAAAAGACUCUGUGUCGAGAUCUGAUAACACUCAGAAAUUGUGUGAAGAUGAUAUCACAGACAUUGAGCCCAGAAAUCAAGAUGUCCUUUGAGCAUGAUGUGUACCAACUGGAGAAACCUGACCUGAUAGCCCAGCAGAUUGCAGGAGACCUUCUGGGUGAGAGUAUGGACAGUACCCAGGUACCAUCCAUCAGCUUUGUCCAGCAAUUGACCAGCCAACUUCAGUCCCUUCAAGACCCUGUACGGGCUGUGUUGACACUCCUUAAUGCCAUGGAUCUAGCAGAGGGUAACCCCAUGUCUCUCAUGAUGGAGGAGGGAGUUGGUGAUUCUGUAGAACAUUUGUCCAGCCGUCAACUCUUUGCUAGCUCUCAGGGUGUAGCUGUCCUAGCUGCUAGCUUCGUCCAGAUGUCAUUCACAAGAUACCAGCUGCUUAGAGACCUACUCAUCUUGGAAUGUGCCAUGGUGAAACUUGGUGAUCAAGCUUCUCUUUCAUCGGAAGCAUUAGAUGAUCUAGAGUCUGACAUCAUCUGUGAGACUGCAUCCUGUCUCCUAGCUUACUACUCGCUGUUUUGGGUCGGUAACUGCGUAGCCAGCACUGUGCCUGCAAAUUCUCUGGAGGCCAACCUCAGACAAUUUGCUGCGCUAGAAAUUUCAGAUAGCACGGCUGGACUAGCCCUGUCCCUCUCUCAAGCCCAGUCACUGGACAAGGCCCUGACCCCUACAUUAGCAGAGCUGUUCCUGGAAGGGAUUGGUGGUUCACAGAUGAGGUCAAAGGUCAACCAAGAUGGGUAUAUGAAGAAGAAUGAGUGUGAGGUGUGGAUGGAAGUACUGCGACCUUGUUUGACAGCAUUGGCACAGAUGGUCUGGCCAAUCAGUGGCAGUUUUCUCUUUCCAGAAUUCUUGAUGGGCAAAUGUCAGUACACUCAGUUGCAGGAGUACAUCCGUCUGCUGAAUCCAUGGUGUGAUUGGAACAUCUCGUCUCGUCACUUUCUUCUGGGACAUUGCCUCCUGAACUCUGGUGAACCUCACAAAGCCCUGGCUUGCUUCCUAAGAGCCUCUCACCGUAUUGCUAAUGAAGACUUCCUCUUGAACAAACUGCUGUUGACAGAGGAAUUGACAGGCAAGAAGUUAGACAUCCUCUACUACCUGAAGGUGAUCAGAUUGCUGGAGCAGUUUGGCCUUCCUGACCUGGUCAUAUCUUUGGCUAACACAGCACUGAGUGUAGCUGAUGAUGAUGAUCCUAAUGUGCCGACAUUGUGGUCCAAAGUGUUCAAGUACCACUUGGAAUUGGGGCACAAUGAUGAAGCUUAUGCUGCCAUGGCAACGAACCCUGACCCUGAAAGGAGACGAGACUGCUUACGCCAGUUUGUUGUGGUUCUUUGCCAACGAGGUCAAACUAAGGAACUAUGUCAAUUCCCUUACAUAGACCUACAUGAUGAGGUUGUGAGCAUCAUGGAGUCAAGAGCUCGCUCUGUGGACCUUCUGACUACACACAAUUACUACGAUUUACUCUAUGCCUUCCAUAUAUUCAGAGGAAACUACAGAAAAGCUGCCAGUGCAGUGUAUGAGCAUGCGGUGCGUCUUGGCCUCGAAGUGCCCAGUUUGGAUGGCCUACGCAAGCAAGCCAAGUGCUACCUAGCUGCUAUGAAUGCAUUGGAACUAGUCAACCAGGAUUUUGCUUGGAUCAUCAAGCCAGUGGCUGUUGAUGAACCGAAUGCUGAAGACGUGGUGGGUGCAUCUCCUAAAAGGAACUAUGAUGGAGAGAUAUUGCAGCAACAAGUGAGACGUCAGGUUAAGGUCAUCGAAUUGUGUGACCUCCGGAAAGAGCAUCAGUUGGUGGAUGCUAGACUGAAGCUUGCCAACCAUGACCCAGAAUCCAUCCAUUCAUCCAUGGGUCCCAUGCUGUCUGCGGACGAAACUGUAUCGCUCCUGGUACAAUCUGGCCUCUUUGAUGUGGCCUGUGCUGUCUGCAAAACAUUUCAACUUGAUCUGACCCCAGUCUUUGAAGGCUUGGCAACAAAGUGUGUCAAACUUUCGUUGAAUGGUUUGAAUGAGACAGCUUGGAAGUGGCUGUCCAUGAAUGACCUGGGAACUCUACACCCAUCGAGGGAACUUGGUCCUGCAGACUUGGCAUGGCAACUGCUGAAACAAUACCUGGAGAAGCAUGACAGAGUUGGUGACCACACCCACUACAAGUGUGUGAUUAAUAAACUCUUGUCUCUUGGCUAUCAUCUGCCCACAUGGCUCCUCCUAGCCUACAAGAAGUUGAAUCCUGCCUCCUUGCUCCUCUUGUACAUUACCUAUGACAUGCUAGAGGAAGCAACCUCUCUUGCUCUGGAAUUUAUUGAUGCUGUCUGUGGUAAGGGGUCAGAAUAUUUUGGCCUGAAGACUUCCCUGCGAGCAACAUUGCCAAGUGUCUGGCUGCCUUAUCAAUCCAUUGAUCAUCUCUUGACAGCACUCAAGGAUCAAACAGACCCCACCCUGAAACAGCUGCAUAGUGAUCUGAAGGACAAGCUGAAUUUGUACCAUGCCAAUGUGGAGGCAGUGUCCAGAGACAUGAUCCAGAUACGAUCUCUUGGAACCAAUGCUAGGUGAAGCAUGUAUGCCAUACUGAGUGUGCCACUUAGGCUGGAAGAGGCAAGAUAAGGGUUGUGUCUGAAUUAUUGGACUCAUUAAAUUGAUCUGUGGCUGGGCUUUUGGUAACUUGUUUUUUAUAGCUAGAUGUGAAAGAGGCAGGCCACAUGUAGCUUGGUUACUCAUGAGGUAACAAAAAAAAUCAUAGGCACAUGCUUGCUUUUUUUCUGGCAUUUACAAAAAUAAUGUGUCAGACAUGGGCACACAGUCUUUUUGAAUAAAGGUUUCCUUUGCAUCAUUGGCUUCAGUCUUGAGUCUGUUCAAUGAAGACCCUCAAGCUCAGCGCAGACUGACUGUGUAGAUGGAGAUGAAAAUGCAAUGGUAACUAAGCAUAGAUUUGGAUCAAUAAAAGGCCAUAACCAUGACCACGCUUAUCCAGCCAGUACUUCAAAAUGAUACUUUUUGAUGGCCAUCAAACGUCUGUUCCAAACAGAGGGUGUCCUUUUUCAUUCUUUUCUGUUGAGGUAGUUUCUUUUGUGUAGUUCAUGUCAGGUUUGACUGAUUGAAAUCUGAAAUUCAUUUCAAUCUUGUGUGGAAGACCUUCUAGUCCACAGGAGUGUUCAGUUCAGUGCCUUAGCACUGAAAAACAAUUCUGGCCCUGAAUACUAACAAAGUUUACAAAUGCCUCACAGCCAUAUGACUGUAGCCGUGGCAACCACUACCGGUGGUUCUGGAUGGGAAGAUCACAACACAUCUGAAGUUUGUUUUGUGUCCUAAGUACCAACCUUGGCAUAUGGUCAUAUCUUUCCUGAGAAGCUCAGCAUAUUACACAGUAUGUAUAUUCCAUUUACAUUAUGCAGUUAAAGUGGAAUUUGUUUUCUGUUUAAACAUUGGAACAGUCUGACCGUGUGAAUUUCUUAAGUUAAUUUCAUUCUAACCAGAGAUAACCCUGAGUCCCAACAGUAUAAGUAUUGUAAUUGGCAACCUUUUUGGUUUUUGUAAAAUAAAUUGUUUGGACAUAGAACGUUGA